AUGGCGAAUUUUGCUGGAGAAAAACUCAUGUCAGCUUCUGUGAAAGUGAUUUUAGAUAAGCUCUUUUCUCCUGAAUUCACCGACUACUACCAGAGUAUCAAGCUUGACGAUUCAGUCUUGAUUAACCUGAAGACGACGCUGUUCAAUCUUCAAUCUGCACUUGUUCAUCAUCACGAGGAGAAACAGAUCGCUAAUCCUACUUUCAACAAAUGGUUGGAUUUGGUCAGAUAUGCUAUCUUUCAACUUCACUCUUUGCUUGACCAGAUCAACACCGAAGCAUUACUCUGUAAAAUGAAAGCACAAUCUGAAACCCUAACUCCUUCUACUAAGGUGCGUAACUUUUUCUCUUCCAGAUUCAAACAGAUUCAUGACCUCAUCAACUUUGAAAUGCAAAGAUUAAUUCAAAGGUUAGAAUACUUAAUUUUGAGACAACAACAACCUGGAUUGGACUUUUCCGAUUACACUAAUGCUUUCCAUGGAACUCCUACGAGCUAUAUUUUGGAGGAUGAAUCUUCUGUAAUUUAUGGUAGAGAAAGUGAUAUUAACAGGCUCAAACAUCUUUUGUUAUCUAGUGAUAGUAAAAUAGGAAUGGUUUCUAUUGUAGGUAUGGGAGGGAUUGGUAAAACAACCCUUGCUAAACUCCUUUACAAUGAUCCACAAGUUAAGGACAAAUUUGUGUUCAAAGUCUGGGUAUAUAUCUCGAAAGAUUUUGAUGUUUAUAGAGUUUUCAAAACCAUUCUUGAGUCUAUCACUUCACAAUCAAUCGUUAAUGAUAACCUCGGUUCUCAAAUUGUUGAAUCUGAUAAUACAAGAGGAAGUUACACUAAUGGGAUGACUACCUAUUGCCCGAACCUUCUAUUUGUAUUGUUGAAGCAAAUUUUAAGCACUUCAAAGUUUUUGCUAGUUCUCGAUGAUGUCUGGGAUACAAAAUCGGUUGAUUGGAUAUAUUUCAUGGACAUCUUUAAUGCUGUGGAAACUGACAGUAGGAUCAUCAUCACAACGCGGGAUGAAAGAGUUGCAAGAUCCAUGCAAACCUUUCUUUUUGUUCACUAUUUGAGACCUUUAGGAAGUGAAGAUUGUUGGUAUUUAUUUUCAAGAUAUGCAUUUGGAGCAUGUGACAAUCCACAACAAUACUAUCUAGAAGAAAUUGGCAGGGAGAUUAAGAAAAAGUGUGAUGGAUUGCCAUUAGUUGCGAUAGAACUUGGGGCUCUUCUUCACUCCAAAUUGUUCUCAGAUGAUUGGACUUAUGUGCUAGAAAGUAACAUUUGGGACCCAACAAAUCACGAGGUGCACACUUCUCUAGAAUCGAGCUACCAUUAUCUUUCAACUCCUUUAAAACGAUGCUUUGCAUAUUGCUCUAUUUUUCCAAAGAAAUCCAUCUUAGAAAAACAAACGAUAGUUCAACUGUGGAUUGCUGAAAAUUUAGUAGAGCUGUACCCAGGUCAAGAAAGUUUGGAAGAAGUUGGAGAAGAAUACUUUGAUAUACUAGUGUCAAGGUCGUUGAUACAACGACGAUCUAUCAGUGAUGAGAAAUCAAACUUUGAAAUGCAUAACGUCAUCCAUGAUUUAGCUACGAUGGUUUCAUCGCCAUAUUGUAUGAGGUUGGACGAACAUAACCUACAUGAAAGUGUACAUUAUUUGUCAUACAAUAGAGGGCUAUAUGACCCAUUUAAUAAAUUUGAUAAAUUGUCUGGAUUAGAACGUCUACGUACCAUUCUAGCAUUACCAUUACAAACACAAUUGCCUUGUUGUUUGCUAUCUAACAAGGUAGUACAAGAGUUGUUGCCAACAAUGAAACAAUUACGUGUGUUGUCUUUGUCAAACUACAAGAGUAUCACCGAGGCUCCCAAUUCUAUUGGAAAUUUGUUUUACUUGCAGUACUUAAAUCUUUCUCACACUAAGAUUGAAAGGCUGCCUUCUGAAACAUGCAAGCUUUACAAUCUGCAGUUCUUGUUGUUGGCGGGUUGUAGAAGGCUCGUUGAAUUACCAGAAGACAUGGGAAAAUUGGUUAAUCUGCGCCACCUUGACGUUAGUGACACUGCAUUGAGGGAGAUGCCCUUACAGAUAGCUAAACUAGAAAAUCUCCAAUUUUUGUCAGACUUUGUUGUCAGCAAACAUAAUGAUGGGCUGAGAGUUGCAGAGCUGGGACAGUUUCCCCAUCUACAUGGAAAACUUUCCAUAUCACAGCUACAAAAUGUUAAUGACCCCUUUGAAGUAGAUCAAGCCAAUAUAAAGAUGAAAGAACAAAUAGAUGAAUUAGUUUUGAGGUGGGAUUAUGGUAGUACUUUUCCAGAUUCACAAAUUAAAAGUGUUGUACUUGAACAUUUGCAACCCUCAACAAAUUUGAAAAGUCUCACUAUCAAAGGUUAUGGUGGAAUCAGCUUUCCAAAUUGGUUGGGUGAUUUUUUAUUUAGCAACAUGGUGUAUUUGAAGAUCUCGAAUUGCGAUGAUUGUUUAUGGCUUCCACCCCUUGGACAGUUGGUUAAUUUGAAAGAACUCAUUAUUGAAGGGAUGCAAUCAGUACAUACAAUUGGUACUGAGUUCUAUGGAAGUGAUAACUCUUCAAUUCAACCUUUUCCCUCCCUCGAGAUUCUACAUUUUGCAGAUAUGCAUGAGUUGGAAGAAUGGAAGUUGACUGGCGGUACGGCUACAAAGUUUCCUAGUCUAAAAACUUUGUCACUAAGUAAGUGUCCGAAACUGAUAGUAGGAAAUAUACCAGAAAAAUUCCCUUCCUUAAUUGAACUUGAGUUAAGAGAAUGUGCUCUACGAGUGCAGUUAAUGCCACCAUCAAAUAAUGUAUUCCGGCAAUUGACGUUCCCUCUAAAUUCUCUUGGACAGUUGACUAUAGAUGGCUUUUCGUCUCUGAUGUCUUUUCCAGUUGACAGUCUACCAAAAACAUUGAAAAUUUUCAUAAUCAAUAAUUGUGAGAAUCUAGAGUUCCUUCCUUGUGAAUAUUUGUCCAGUUACACUUUGCUUGAGGAAUUAAAAAUUUCUUAUAGCUGUAAUUCAAUGACAUCAUUUACCUUAGGCGCUCUGCCCGUUCUUAAAAGUCUAUUUAUUGAGGGUUGUAAAAAUCUGAAAUCAAUAUCAAUUGCAGAAGGCGCAUCUCAAAAGAGUCUCUCAUUUCUUAGAAGCAUCAAAAUAUGGGAUUGUAAUGUACUGGAGUCAUUUCCCCUAGGUGGAUUGGCCACUCAAAACCUCGUUUAUUUUGCAUUGUGGAAGUGUGAGAAGCUUCCUUCACUACCAGGAGCAAUGCACACUCUAACUAACCUUCAAGAAGUUGAAAUUGAUAAUCUUCCAAAUCUUCAAUCUUUUUUCAUAGAUGAUUUACCUAGCAGUUUACAAGAACUGACUGUUGGUUCUGUUGGAGGGAUUAUGUGGAGUGCUCGGUCAACAUGGGAACAUCUUACCUGUCUUUCGGGGCUGAGGAUUAACGGAGAUAAUACGGUGAAUUUGCUGUUGAUGCCACUGCUAUCUGUAUCACUUGUGAAGUUAUGCAUUUGUGGUCUUAAUGAUACAAACAUCGGUGAGUUGUGGCUUCAACAUCUCACUUCUCUCCAAAACCUUGAGAUUAUUAACGCUCCCAAACUCAAGUUGUUGCCAAAAAAUGGAUUUCCUUCCUCUAUUUCAGUACUAAGUGUGACUCGCUGUCCAUUACUGGAAGCAAGUUUGCGGAGGAAGCGAGGGAUCAACUGGCUUAAGAUUGCUCACAUUCCUGCCAUAAUUAUCAAUGAUGAAUUGAUCACAUAA